AGGAGGAGAGAGAGAGAAGGGAGAGAGACGGGUGGGCAGGGUGCUCACCGUAAAGGAUGGUUGUCGGAAAGAGUCUUGAAGACCUAAUGAAACUGGCUGCUUGAAUUGUUUGCAGCGAUAAUAGAGCUCAGUGGCGUGCUUUGCGUUUCUCGGAUCCUUGGACGGAAAAGAACUGCAGUAGCAUCCUGACAAAGAAGAAAAAGAACAGUUAGGGACAAAAAGAGCACGUAACUCUUUCCCGGCGCACCGGGCUGUUUGGUGCUCAACGAAAGACCGACCUCCUGUUUGGACCCAGUACCGUCCUCCCACACUCCUCUGGCGGGCUCACAAGCAGCAGUUCCCGGCAUUUGCUGGGAUGUUUGAGUCGCGUUGGUUGGUGGGGUGAAGGGACCGAGAGUGUGGCCGGAGAGACCAAAGGAUCGGAGGCCGAGAGAGGAGCCGAGAGCAUGGCUCUGGUAGCGCUGUCUCUCUGGGUGCUAACGAGUCUCACCUGGGCGAACCUGCUCCAGGUGUCAGCCAACAGGCAUACCGUUUACUGGAACAGCUCUAACAUACAUCUGCGUAGGGAGGGCUACACAAUGCAGGUGAACGUCAACGACUACCUGGACAUCUACUGCCCUCAUUACAACGACAGCCAGCGCAUGGUGGGCACCGGAGAGCAGUACGUCCUCUACAUGGUCAGCUAUCGCGGUUACAGGAGCUGUGAUCCCCAGAUGGGCUUCAAGCGGUGGGAGUGUAACCGGCCUCACGCCCCCCACGCGCCCAUCAAGUUCUCCGAGAAGUUCCAGCGCUACAGCGCCUUCUCGCUGGGCUACGAGUUCCACGUCGGCCAGGAGUAUUACUACAUCUCCACGCCCACUCAUCACCACGGACGCGCCUGUCUGAGACUACGGGUGUACGUCUGCUGCUCCACGGCUUCUGAUGUGGACGAUGAGCCAGGGCCUACAGAUGGAGUCUACACGCUUAGACCAGGCCUAAAAAUUGAUGAGCUUGCUGAAUUUAAUCCUGUUAUUCCCAAGCUGGAGAAGAGCGUCAGUGGAAGCAGCCCAUCCAGGGAUCGCCUUCUUCUCACCGUGACGAUGCUCUUUUUGGCCGCUCUGUGCAUCUCCUAGCAACGGCCAUCCCAUCAGCGUCACCAUGCCAACU